GAUUAUGGAAGAUUCCCACAAGAGCAACACUUCAGAGACAGCACCUCAACCUGGGUCAGCAGUUCAGGGCACGCAUAUUUCUCAUAUUCAACAGGUAUCAUCUUUAUCAGAAAGUGAAGAGUCUCAGGAUUCAUCUGACAGCAUAGGCUCUUCACAGAAAGCCCACGGGAUCCUAGCACGCCGCCCAUCUUACAGAAAAAUUUUGAAAGACCUGUCUUCUGAAGAUACACGGGUCAGAAAAGGAGACGGGGAAAGCCCUGGAGUUUCUGCCGUCACGUCUAUGUCUGUUCCGACUCCCAUCUAUCAGACCAGCAGCGGACAGUACAUUGCCAUUGCCCCGAAUGGAGCCUUACAGUUGGCCAGUCCAGGCGCAGAUGGAGUACAGGGUCUUCAGACAUUAACUAUGACCAAUUCAGGCAGUACUCAGCAAGGUACAACUAUUCUCCAGUAUGCACAGACCUCUGAUGGACAGCAAAUACUCGUGCCCAGCAAUCAGGUGGUUGUACAGACUGCAUCGGGAGACAUGCAGACAUAUCAGAUCCGAACCACACCUUCAGCUACUUCUCUGCCACAAACUGUGGUGAUGACAUCUCCUGUGACUCUCACCUCUCAGACAACUAAGACAGAUGACCCUCAAUUGAAGAGAGAAAUAAGGUUAAUGAAAAACAGAGAAGCUGCUCGAGAAUGUCGCAGAAAGAAGAAAGAAUAUGUGAAAUGCCUGGAAAAUCGAGUUGCAGUCCUGGAAAACCAAAAUAAAACUCUAAUAGAAGAGUUAAAAACUUUGAAGGAUCUAUAUUCCAAUAAAAGUGUUUGAUUCUUAAAAAAGAAAAUAUUUUUGUGAACUUGCAUAAAAAUUAAAUGGAUUUCUUUGUGGUGGCGUUUUGUAAGUUAAAAGGUCAAAAGUGAAGCUUUUUAUUUAGGCUUUUGCAACUCAAGGAUAAAUAUCUUAUGCAAGAUUCCAGUGACAUGACACAGCGGAACAUGACCUCGAGGAAAUAUUGGCACAACUGGAAGCCUUGUUAUAAUUGAAUAUAUUCAAGAAGUGAGAUGUGGACUCGUGGCAGUUUGAAUUUUCUAAAUAAUAGCUGUCAAUCCAAGAUGACAGAUAAGAUGAAAUUUGAUAAAUCAGAUUUUAAAAAAUAAAUCUGUUUACCCUAUAGGUUUGCAUUUCUGUUUUCUGAAAUUUAACCUUUUUUAGUUAUAUAUAUGUGUGUGUGUGUGUAUUUUGUUUCUGCCAGUAAAUUCUAAAUUACAAAUGUAAAAGAAAACUUAAUACGUUGCUAAAUAUAUAAAUUAUGUGCUCUGAUUAUGUAUACUUGUUUUAUUGUCAAGUCUUUUAAGUUAGUUUGUUGGAAUUGAGAGGACUUUCGAGACUGGGUUAAUUAUUUUUGAAGUCCUGCCCUAAAAGGCAUCCAAGGUACAUGAAUGAAAUAUGGAAAUUGUAUAACUUUUUUUUAUCAGAAUGGAAAGAGAACUGUUUAAAAGUUUGACACUUUUAAAUGGUGUGACUUUUACUUACCCUGGUAAUGGUGAUUUUCUACAAAUGUAUAAUUGUUUUUUGAUUCUACAUUCUGUAUGCAGUUGGAUAUCCAUUACUUAUUCUAUUGUGCUUUAAUAGAAUGGAAUGUUUACAGGCCCUUCAAAUGUUAUUUUUAGAAAAACUUCUAAGAUGCAUACCAAAGUUUUUCCAAGGAGAUUUUAUAAUCAAUUUAAUGUAACUUGUUUUAGAAUGAGAUUCUAAAAUAGUACAGUUGUUAAGGCAGUUUUAUGUUAGAGACUAUUUUGUAAUGGAGCGAAAGGUACCUUUAUAAGAAAAGUGACCGCCAAUAUAUUUUUAUAGCUAAUCUUUAUAAAUUCUAAUGUUGAGUUUUUAAUGAUUAUUUUAAAUGUUUAUAUAGUUGUUUAGUAAAAAAAUUUUUGCAUCGCAAUAUAUCAUUUUUAUAUUAUGGAAAGAAAGUUUUCAGAUUGGCUAAUAUUUGAAUUGUAAAUUUUGUAUGCAGUUUAUCCAAAAUUCAGAAAUAAUGUCAGUACACCAGUGUUCAACCUCUGUAUUCCAACUUGUAUUCAAUUUGAAAUUGUACUGCAAAACUGUUGUGUGCUUCUUAUACAAUAUGUAUCAUAUUGUCCAUGAAAUUAAAGGACAUUUGAUAAAAUUAAA